ACCCCGCUUCAUUGAAAAUUCUACCCAAUUACCAAUUCCGGCGAGGCCCCUUCCCCUGACGACGACUUCGGCGAGGUACCGUCGGCCAUCAUGUGCGGCGGAGCGCCCCUCGCGGACGUCAAGGUUCCCACGGUGACGCGGAAGAUGACAAAGGCGACACUAUGGCAUGAGAAAAAGAAGCCCCGGCAUGGCGGCAGCGGGGGCCGACACUUCACGGGGCUCGGCGGGCGCAGGGGACCUGGCCUGGAUGACAAUGAGGAGGACUUUGAGGCCGACUCCGGGGACUCCGACUUGGAGCUCGAGCGCACUAUGGUGGAUGAGAAGGAUGACGACGAUGAGGUCGUCGAGAUCAAGUCCUUUGCCGCCGUCAAGAGAUCCCUCUCCCAAGGUUUUGAUGGUCCUUCAGCAAAAAGGAAGAGAAAGAACCAAUUCAGGGGUAUCCGUCAGCGCCCCUGGGGUAAGUGGGCUGCUGAAAUCAGAGAUCCAAGCAAGGGUGCACGUGUCUGGCUUGGUACUUUCAAUAGUGCUGAAGAAGCUGCAAGAGCUUAUGAUGUUGAAGCACGCAGGAUACGUGGCAACAAGGCCAAGGUUAACUUUCCAAAGGAAUCAACAGUUCCUCAGAAGCGUCGUGCUCGCCCUGCUGCUCCUAAUGCACCCAAGCUAAGCGUGGCACAGGAACCUUCUGUCAUGCCAUCAAUCAACAACCUUGCCAACCCAAAUGCUUUCAUCUACCCAUCCGCUACCUUUGCAUCAAACCAGCCACUUGCUCUGCCUGACAACAUGUCAUUUGUUCCUGCAAUGAACUCUACUGCCCCUGUUGAAGCAUUUGUUAUGAAUCCAUACUCUCACCAGGGAAGCAACUCCUUUGGCUGCUCUGACUUGGAAUGGGAUUAUGACACCAAGACUCCAGAUAUACCAUCCAUUGCUCCCAUUUCUACCAUUGCUGAAGGAGCGGAAUUUGCACUUGCCCAGAGUAAUGCCUACAACUCAGUGGUGAUUACUGAAGCAGCUGAAUCUGCACUUGCCCAGAGUAACACCCACAACUCAGUGGUGCCUCAUGUUAUAGAGAACAAUGAUGUCGAUUUCGAGGCUUGGACAAGGUUUCUUAUGGAUGAUGGCGUGGAUGAGCCAAUUGAUAGCCUUCUGAAUUUUAAUGUGCCGCAGGAUGUCGUUGUCAACAUGGACCUCUGGAGCUUCGAUGACAUGCCCAUGUGUGGCGAAUUUUUAUGAGGGAUUCACACAUGUAUAUAGGGACAAAAGGAAUAAGACUAUGGGAGAUUAGGAAGCACCCUAUUGUCACCUUCGGCUAGCAUAUGCUUAUAUCCAAGAUUUGAUGCAAAAAAGUCGCAUCCUGAGUCUCUUUUCUGAUCGACCCUUUCCCUACUCAAAUGUUUAUGUGUGGCAACCAUUUAUGACGAACCGUUGUAUUUAUCUUUUGUCACCUUUUAUGUUGUCGUUACCAUUUCUGAAUGUGAACAACAUGAAUCUAUGUCCAUUUGCAUUAAUAUGUGCACUUGAUCAUUUUUUCCUUCA